AUGUGCAUGCGGAGAAUCCGGAAAGUCCCUGUUAAAAAAGACACCCGAUCGCCGGAAAGUGUAAACAAAAAAUCAAUUUCAAGAUGGGCAUUAUGAGGGCCACCCUCUUUCUGAACAGGGCAAGUAAAAGAAAUGUCUUCAACACACUGGAUCUCAGAAAAAAGAUUUUGUUCUCUAUGGUCCGAAGCGCUUCCUCUGUCAGUGGCAACGUCGAACUAGAUGUACAAAAGAUUCGCAACAUUGGAAUUUCAGCCCACAUUGAUUCAGGCAAAACGACAUUAACAGAACGGCUUCUAUUUUACACCGGCAGGAUCAACAAGAUGCACGAGGUGAAGGGAAAGGACAAUGUAGGCGCUACCAUGGACUCGAUGGAGCUAGAACGCCAGAGAGGCAUCACCAUACAGUCAGCAGCUACUCACGUUGAAUGGAAAGAUUACUCUGUUAAUAUCAUCGACACCCCAGGUCAUGUUGACUUCACUGUGGAAGUGGAGAGAGCGUUGCGCGUACUAGAUGGUGCUGUGCUUGUACUCUGUGCGGUCGGGGGAGUCCAAAGCCAGACCUUCACCGUCAACAGACAGAUGAGGAGAUACAAUGUGCCUCGACUUGCUUUCAUUAACAAACUAGACAGACUGAACGCCAAUCCAAACCGCGUCUUGUCUCAGCUCCGAGCCAAGCUGAACCACAACGCUGCCUUUCUGCAGCUCCCCAUCGGACUGGAGUCCAAGUGUAAAGGUGUGGUAGACCUCGUCCACAGACGAGCGAUCUUGUUCGAUGGAGAACAGGGACAGAAUAUCAGAUUUGCAGACGUUCCACAAGAAAUGCUGUCCGAGAUGGAGGACAGACGUCAGGAAAUGAUUGAGUGUGUCGCCAAUGCAGAUGAAGAGCUCGGCGACAUGUUCCUUCAAGAGUUACAACCAAAUGAAGACCAGAUAAAGGCUGCCAUCCGUAGAGCGACCCUCAAACAGGCCUUCACGCCAGUCUUAGUCGGAACAGCUCUAAAGAACAAAGGAGUUCAGCCCCUGCUGGAUGCAGUCAUUGACUAUCUUCCAAACCCAUCUGAAGUUGACAACUUUGCUUUCAACGAUGAGAAUGAGAAGCUAAAGAUGAGUCCAGCUAGAGAUGAUUCCGACCCAUUUGUUGCUCUCGCUUUUAAACUUGAGGCUGGAAGAUUUGGUCAGUUGACCUACAUGAGAGUGUACCAAGGCCAUCUGAACAAGGGGCAGUAUAUUUAUAACACAAGGACAAACAAGAAAGUCAAGGUGUCACGGCUUGUCCGCAUGCAUGCAGAUAAAAUGGAGGAUGUGAGUGAGAUAUUCGCAGGUGAUAUUAGCGCCCUCUUUGGUAUUGAUUGUGCCAGUGGUGACACAUUCGUCUCUCGACCUAAAUUCCAGUUGUCCAUGGAAUCUAUGCAUGUACCUGAACCAGUCAUCUCUCUUGCCAUGAGGCCGCAGAAAAAGACCGAUGUUGACAACUUCUCCAAGGCCAUUAACCGUUUCACUCGAGAAGAUCCAACAUUCACCGUUCACUUCGACAAUGAGAGCAAGGAGACUAUCGUGUCUGGUAUGGGAGAGCUUCACCUGGAGAUCUACGCCCAGAGGAUGGGUAAUGAGUACAGCUGUCCUGUGGUAACAGGCAAACCCAAAGUGGCCUUUAGAGAGUCCAUCACACGACCAGUAGAUUUUGAUUUCCUUCACAAGAAGCAGUCAGGCGGAGCUGGGCAGUACGGAAAAGUCAUCGGAACAAUAGAGCCUCUCCCUUCAGAUUCGUACACCAAGAUUGAGUUUCAUGACGACACAGUAGGCACCAAUAUUCCUAAGCAGUUUGUUCCAGCAGUUGAAAAGGGUUUCUUAGAAGGGGCAGAGAAAGGUCCUCAGAUUGGGCAGAAGGUGACAGGUAUCUGCAUACGCCUUCAAGACGGACAGCAUCACAUGGUGGACUCCAGUGAGCUUUCAUUCAGAUUGGCCGGGCUGGGUGCUAUCAGGGAAGCAAUGAGCGAAGUACAAUGCCAUGUCUUGGAGCCAAUCAUGAACGUUGAGGUCACAGCGCCCUCAGAGUUUCACGGAGCAGUUCUGUCAGGGAUCAACAAACGCAAUGGAGUCAUCAGUGGGUCUGACGGAGGAGAGGGUUACUUCUCAAUCACCUGUGACGUGCCACUUAAUGAUAUGUUUGGGUAUGCCACUGAACUUCGUUCAGCCACGCAGGGAAAAGGAGAAUACAGCAUGGAGUACAGUCACUACCAGCCGUGUAGACCAGCCGUGCAAGAGGGGCUUAUACUACAAUACCAAACAGAUAAUGGGUUGAUCAAGACGGCAAAGAGGUCGAGGUGAUGAACCAUCAAUGGCCAUCCAUCAAUGGUACAGAUUUCUUGGUUCUACAUGUAGAUAUCAGAAGAUGUUUUCAGUUAUCAUUUGAAAUAGAAUUCAGAGCAUUUUGUGUGUGUCGUAGUCGGUGUGAAUAUGGGUCGAGCGGCCAUUUAAGCUGUAGGCCUAUGGCAUAUUCUAGCUUUCCCAUUGGUUGAGCUGGUUUAACUUUGCCAUACAGGCAUGUCACAUGGUAUUGAUACUACUAAGAGUGCGUGCACAGCAGACACGGAUUUUGAUUGAGCUCAGCAUUCUCUAUGUGCUACUUCUGUCACGGUUGUCAAUCUCAUAGACCUGCUUAGUGGGGGAAUGGUUACCAGCCAAAUGACAGUAUGACUGGUAUUAUGUUUGACUGGUUCUCAUCAUACUUUUGCUUGCAGUAGAGAAAACGCUAAGCUAUCUGAUUGUGUGGAGACAGCUCAGUGAAGCUGGGCCAGGGAGAUUUGCAAUUUUAAGUUUAAUAUACUGAGUAACGAUACUUCUAAGAUUUUGAAAACACGUAUCAGACCAGAUUCCAGAUAAACCAACAUGGGAGAAACCCAAAAACUAAAACUUGCAAAAAAUCUGUUCAAAACACAAACUCUUGGUCGAUGCUUUCUCAAAAAAUGAGACUGCCAUGUUUGGUUCUGUUUUGAUAGUUAGGUUGUACACACGUCAGCCACAGAGCUUCUGUACCAACAGCAACAAAAUUCUUCCCUUAUAAUCUUUACUUUACAAAAUUUUCCUUUUUUCCACAAGACCAAAUAUCAUACAUCAAGCGUCAAACCAUAGUCAGUUAAAUUAACAUUCAUAAAUACCUCAGACAGUUUUGCUAUUCCUAGUGGUGGAGAGCGCAUCACGUGGGGGUGUUUAAACG